AUGGUGCUUCGUGACUCCAAGGGUGGUUUCGUAUGGCAAAGCUUUGAUUCACCUACUGAUACGCUCUUGUUUGGUCAAUCUCUCCGGAUCCGAGGUCCGACGAAGCUCGUAGCUUCAACGACGAACAACGUUAACGGAGUGUAUAGUCUUGUGAUAGAGCCAGAAAGAUUGGGUUUGUAUUAUAAGAACAUGCUUUACUGGUCAUCCACGUUCCCGGAAGUGAGCCAACAAAAUGUGACUAUUGUUAAUGCAACAUUCGGAAUUGUGGAAACCAAAUACAAUAACGACUUUAAUGCACUGAGGGUUCAACUUUCAAACUCUGAUGCUCAACCUUAUGUGGACUUGGACUUACUCCGAUUCAAUAACACGUUAUCGUAUAUCCGAUUAGGUAUCGACGGGAACUUACGAAUCUACUCUUAUCGUCCGAAUGUGGCUUUUGGCAUGUGGAGUCUGGUGUUCACUUUAUUCGAUAAAAAGGAGAACACGAGGGGGGAUAUAUAUGAAGACGAGUGCCAACUGCCUGAACGAUGCGGCAUGUUUGGGCUGUGUGAGGAUAGCCAGUGUGUUGGGUGUCCGACGCCGGAGGGUGUUUUUGCGUGGAGCACAAAAUGCAACGUGAAGUCGUCGUCUUGUAAAGCGGGUGGUUCUCGUUACUACCAGCUGAAAGGAGUCGACCAUUUCACUUCUAAAUACUCUCCGGGGACUGGGCCGGUGAAGCAGAAAGAUUGCGAAAGUAAAUGCACAAAGGAUUGUAAGUGUAUGGGGUAUUUCUAUCGCACUGAUCUAUCGAGGUGUUGGAUGGCUAACGAGUUGAAAACGUUGACGAGGGUCGGGAACUCGACUCACUUGGCCUACGUCAAAACACCCCUCUAG